AUGAUCGAUAUGAUUGAUUUUAAUAUUAAUAAUAAUAAUAAUAAUAGUGAAGAUUAUGGAUAUAAGAUUGAAUAUAAAUUAUUUAAUUCGAUCAAGAGUGACUUGGGUUUAGAGUUGAUUCUAGAGUGUAUGGUGUCAGCUGGUUCGAUUGACGAACAACAAUCAAAUAGUAUUACUAUGGAUCAAGCGAUUUCAACUCUAUUGGAUCAUGUUAGAGAAUUGGGUAUUGAAUGUUUCAUCAGACGACUCUCUGAAGAUGUUCUCUAUGAGUGUUGUUCACUGCUGUCACUGACCGCAUCAAACUCUGACAACAUCGAACUCGCUCAGCAACAAUUGGAAUCGACAUUCAAAUCCGAUUCACUCUCCAACAUAUUCCAUAAUCUUACAACACAUAUAUUAAAGAGAUUCUGUCAAUGUUUAGGUAUUAUUGAUAAGAAUAUCAAUAACAAUAACAAUAGCAACAACAACAACAAUAUUAAUAAUAAUAAUAAUACAACAAAAAGUAAUAUAUUAGUUACAUCUACACCAAAUAUUCAGAUAUUAGAUAAUACAGCUGUUAUUACAACACAUACAACCAAAUCAAGUUUUCAUCAAUAUAGUAAUAAUAGUAAACCAAAUGCUGAUGACGCAGUCAUUGAUAACAGUAACUUUAGAAACAUAGUUACUUUGUUGAUAGAUGAGAUUACAUUGUCUGGUUUAGAGAAUUUGUUUUAUCUUCAAUCAAAGUCAACUCUUGAAAAUCUUUAUAAAACUUUGGAAAUUAAAGGAGAAUAUCCAAAUAGAAUAAAAGAUGUUAUUACAAAACUGACAUUUAGAAUAUUCAACAGAGAUUUGGCAAUACAAGAUGGUACAUUAACACCUAAAUCUUCAUCAUCUGAAAGAGAGGAUAAUGGUGGCAGUAGUGCUGUUAGAGUUGGAAACAAGUCUAAAGCGACAACAACUAAUAUAACUGCUACUCCUACAGCAAAUACUACUACUGAUCAGAAAGAAGAAUACAAUAUUAGAAAUGAAGAUGACUCUGGAGAUGACGACGAUUAUUGGUCUUCACCUACUAUUCCUACCACUCAAAUCGAUUUCAAACGUGUCAUUGAAGCAGGUGAACAAACAGAUGAAGAAGAUAAAGAUAUUGACACGCCACCAGAGAAAAGACCAACCAUCAAAGAUAUCAAAGAAGGUGUUACCAAAGAUACAUUAGAAAGAAUGUUUGUAAAAGAUUUAAGAAAUUGGUUGAAAUCAAAGAAAUUAAAGUAUAGUGAAAGAAAGAAUUUAUUGGUUUCGAGAAUAUUAAAGACAUUGGAAGGUGAAAUAGCAACUGAAGAGAGUGAAGUUGAGACAUCUGCUGCUGAAAAAAGAAAGAAAGAUACCCCUGCAACCGGAAGAAAAAUAAAGAAAGCAAAAAGUUAA